AUGUUUGCGGUGAGCGAACUAAUCUACAGUAUUCUUGCAUAAAUUAUGUUGCAUGAAUAAUGAAGACAAAAUCUUAUCAAAUAAUAUAAUUUCCAGUCAUUACUCAAUGAAAGCAUAUAUCAAGUUACUUCUGUUAUUAAUAAAAUUUAUGGAUAACAAAUAUUUUAUCUUAGGAUGAUGCUUGUGGUCAUGCAAAAAUUGAUUUGAAAAGAUGUGCUGCUCAAUUUUUGGUCAAAAUCCAAACACGAUCCAAAAUUUCAAAGGUAUGCCCAAUGCAAAUGAGUUAUAUACCAAAUUGUGUUUUCUAGAAAAUAUCCAUACUCUCCCCAGAGAAGAGACUGGAAAUUGCAACUUGGGAUAGAGGGCUUCAAGUUGCCUAAAUUUCAGGGGAUAGGGCAGCUCAGUGCCUGAUUUAUGAACUAUAAUUUGCGAGCAGGGUAAUUUUUAAUGCAUUUGCAACAGUUUGUUAGUUGUUCCAUAUUUAGAUAUUUUUAUUCACAUUUCUUCUCGCACGGGUUCUCCCCAAGCCUUUAUAGUAAAAAUAAAGAUGUAAAUUACAGUAAUAUUUGAAAAUUACUGUCGUUUUCUUGUAACUUUAAACUGUAGCACUAGCAAGAAUCAUAUUCUGCAGCAUAAAUAGGUGAUAGCCCAAAUUAAUUGCACAACCUUUGGCCAUGCAGAAUCAAUGAAAAUAUACUAAAAUGAUAUCAGUAUAUUACAGUUAAAACGGAAAUACCUGCAGUACACACUUGCGCUUGUGUACAGUAGUUUGUUGUGUAUUACUGUAUCUGCUAAAAAAAUGUUUGUUCAAAAAUCGUGCAUUAAGAUAUAACUAAUAACUGUAAUGGAAUUUAUUGAUUAGCCAACACAUAUUCCAUCCAAAAUAAUGCUAACAAACAAACAUAAUUCAAGAAUAAGCAGCUUCUUGUUGGUUAAUUUCCCCACACAUGCAUUUGUACAGAAAUACAGUAUUACACAACGAACUACAGUAACGGAAGUGUGUAGGUAUUUCCGUUUUUCCUGUAAAUAGCGGACAUAUUAUCCAGUUGAAGCUGGUUGCCUUACUACCCUGCAUUUUUAGGUUGCCGUAAAUAACAUUGUCCAAGAGACAAGUCAAUUGGUUGACAAUGUUAAGAGUCAUUUAAAACAAAAGGUAACAGAAUGUAUAGCUGCAAAUGAUGGGUUGACCCAACAGUCAAUAGAUGAAGUAUUUGAAGGAUUUGAGGAUCCCUUCUCAAACCUUCAAACUGCCAAUGCACAAUCAUCGUUUAUUCAAAAGAACAUGAAAUAUGUUCAGCCGGUUGAAUAUAUCCUUGGUAGAAAUAUUGGGUUCAAGAACAAAGGAAACAAGUGGCAGAUGUGUGAAACAGAUGACACAAUGGUUUAUAUUCCUAUCCUAGAAAGCAUCGAGCAACUUCUCUCAAAUCCAAGAACCUAUGAUUUAGUAAGAAACCAUUUGACAAAGUCCAAAGAAGGGAUAUUGUACGAUAUAAGAGAUGGUUUAUGCUGGAAGAGUAACCCUAUAUUCCAGCUAAAUGCUGAUGGUCUUCAAGUAGUUCUAUACCAUGAUGAGGUAGAGCUGUGCAACCCUCUGGGAAGUCACAUGGGAAAACACAAGGUCGAUUUGUACUAUUAUUCAUUGGGUAACAUUGAUCCAAGGUUUCGGUCAAAACUUUGCGCAAUCAGAUUGGUCGCCAUUGUUAAGGCACGCGAUGUUGCUAAAUAUGGUCAUGGUAAAAUAUUGACACCAAUUGUGAAUGAUUUGGAGAAACUAGCUGCUGGUCACAUUUUUGACAUAGAUAGAUGUUCAGUGAAGUUGUAUGGUGCUGUGGUCAGUUGUAUCGGUGACACAGAAGGACAGCAUCAAUGGGGUGACUUCAAGGUGGGCGUUGGAUUUGCGCAUCAGAAGUGUCGAAACUGUCUUUGUAGGUUUGAAGACAUGCAAGAGAAAUUCACUGCCACUCAGUUCACUUUGCGAAAUUUGGCCCAAUAUGAACAGCAUUGUCAAGAUAUUGAAGAUGCACCAACAGAAGCCAUGAAAAAGGACCUCCAAACAACAUAUGGAAUUGUGGACAGGAGUAUCUUAAGUGAACUUAGUCAUUUUGAUAUCACUGCACAACUCCCCCAGGAUAUCAUGCAUGUGCUGCUUGAAGGAACUGUGCAAUACGAAGUUCGUUUUAUAUUGCAACAUUUCUUUGACGCGGGCGUCAUUACACUAAAACAGUUGAACAGUUUAGAUUAG